UUAUCAGACCUGGCAACACAGUCGGGUGGGCUGACUCUUUGCUGUUAGCUCCGCCUCUUAUGUCAAACAGCUUCAAUUUCCGGAAAUGAAUAAUCCCGUGAUGUUCAGGGGGAGUGUUAGCAGUAUAACAUCGGAAUGACUAAACUGCGGGCUCCUUCCUCCUUUUGGAUUUAACACUCACCUGCGGCUGUUGUAAAGUAACAGUUUCGCACCGCUUCACCUGCCGACAUGGAGCUAAUCAGGUCGCUGGAGGUGAUAACGGGAUGUUGUCAGCUAGCCUCUCCGGAGCUCCCGCACAAGCUAACAGGCUAGAGUCGAUCAGAAGGCUGCAUCGUGACGUCCGUUAUGGCGCGAUCGGUGCUGAAGAAAGUGUCCGAUCUGGAGGAUUACAGGGGCAGCGCGGAUCUGUCUGACGUGCUGAAAGCAGCUGGGUCCGACGUGCGUCUGAGUCCUGACGCGCGUCACAUCCAUGUCAUCCUCCGCCAGCCUCACGCCGGCCUGCUGACUUUCGACAAGCGUCAAAGACCUCCGAUCGGACAGAACCAGAAGAAGCUGGACGUGUGUUCGCAGAAAAACGUGCCCGUAGUGGAUGUUCUGUAUCUGGGGCGCAGCGCGCUGCUUGCUGUGGUGUAUGAGAGUGGAAAAGUGGAGUUUUGGGAGUUCCACGAGUGCAAAGCAGGCUGGAAUCUGCUGCAAACUUCAGAUUUGUGCAACAGCCCCCGAGCCAGAGUUGUGUCUGUGUGCACUUUGUCCAGUCUCAUCGUCUGGUGUGAGGAGAGACCCCCAUCUGAGAGCUCCCAGAGCCUCGGCGGCCCCCGGAGCGAGCUCAGGUACUGUGUCUGCAGGCGUGACUUCGAGCUGCAGGAGGCUGCUGUCACUUUGGGAGGAGUGAAAAUCGCCCUCCACAAUAACCCCCGAUUGGCUGCAAUCAGCUCUGGGGAAUGUGUGUAUCUGCUUCCUGUGGUGAAAGCAAAACCCCCAUUGAGCAUCUCCAAAUUCUUCCUGUGUUGGUCCCCUCAGAAUGACUCCUUCAGUGUCAGCGUCACCUGUAGAAGCACACCGCUAAAACAGGACUGUAAGGAAUCUGAUUUUAAGCGAUUGAUGACGGACUGUUUGGGGUAUUUAUCAGCGCUACAGCCGCCUGAGAUCUACGGGUUCUCCCCAACCCCCGGUGGAGGUCUGGUGCUCCUGCUCAGCACUGGGUGGGUGAGUCUCCUGCACAGAGCUGGUACAUUGCAACGGGUGUAUAAACUGGCGGACCACUGUAAAUUCAGCUCUCACGCAAGCUUGCGCGUUUACGAGGACACCCUAGCGCUGUCUACAGAGCGGAAUCUGUCCCUGAUAGACUUGCACUGUGGCAGGGAGUUGGAGACGAUCGCACUGAAAGGAGAAAUCUUACUGUAUGUAAAUGGCGAGGAGAGUCCAACACCUCAUCUGCUUUCAGAGAGCGGGCUGUUUGCGAUGGUGCGCAAAGAGCCUGAUGCCCCGGAACCAAAAUCUAAGAUCAACCCUUUUUUAACCGAGAGUAUGUGUCCCAGCACCCGGCUGGUGGAGGCCGUCUUUGAGGAGGCCUGUAAAUACUACCAACAGAGGAGCGUGAGCAGCACUCGGCUCACUGUGGACAUGCUGAAAAUGGGGGGUAGGUUCCAGGCUCCCAUUUCUUUAGCUGCCAUCAUGAGGCACUACCUCAGCCCGGGAACAAAGCAGAGAGCAGGAGACGGAUUUGUGGCAGGGGAAGACAAGUUAAUGCACUCUCUAGAGGCUGAGCUGAAGGCUCUGGUCUCUCUGGAGGAGGUGAAGGGGAGGUUAGUGAGGAGGACUGGCAAAGAAGUGGAGGCCGUGUGCGAGAGUCUAGUCGGACAAGAAGUGUCGCGGUUGCUUUCGUCCUCCGAGCUGGAUAAAGAGGCGCUGCUGUACAUCAACUCUCUUUUUACCACCUUCCCCUGUGAGGCGUGGAGGGCGGCGCAGGCAGCCCUCCUGCUGCACUACAACGGAGAUGGCUCACUGUCCAGCAGGGCGCCUUCUGAUGUUUGGAAAGCUGUCCUUAGUCCUGCUUCAGUCUCCAGCAGCCUCCCUUGCACCAGCGGCGAGCCACAUUACAACAAAAGCCUCAUAGAUGGUUCUACCACCAUCUCAAAUGCCAAAUCUGCAAGUUCCACUUCCCAAGCUCCCCUACCUGUGUUUGAGCUCCUCUGUUUAUCUAUUUUCCAAUUCCAACCCAGCUGGUUGCCCAAAUUCCUGGAGCUCUCCCAGGAGAAGCAGGGAUCAGCCGGUCUGGGUCUCAGCCUGGCGACGUCCUCCUGGAGUUUUUCUGCUGGAAGAGGAGUGGAAGGAACUGAGAACAACAUGCCGCUCUACAGACGAACCCUGUGCAUCCUGUCCACGUUGGGACCGGACAAAGAUCCGAAUCGGGAUUUAGAGGUGGAGCUGUUCCUGGUCAGCAGGCGACCUAAUGCCAUUCUCCAGGCAAUGAGGAUCCUCAUGGGCAAGCAGCAGUGGCAGCGGGUCACCCAGGUGGCCCAGAGGUUCUGCAAGCAGAGUCCGCUGCUCAACAAGGAGAUCUUCACCACGCUGCUCAGUGAGGUGGCCCAACACAGGGAUUUGGACCCUUACUUGGACCUCCUCUGGGCGCUGUGCCCCGAGGAUGUCACCGUCAACACUGUCCUCAACUUGGUGCUGAAAAACCUCCCCACUUCUGAGACAUCUGCUUCAUCUUCUGCUCCCUUUGAUGACCCCCAGCACAACCAGCUUACCAUCGGCCUGUUGAAGCCGCUGCUGAGGAAGAUCCUUCAGAGGGAGAUGAAGCCAAGCCAACGAUACGCUGAUAUCCUCCAGUCCCCUCUGUACCCCCCUCCUGCACCCCCUCGCCAACCCACCAAGCAGCCCGGGACUGGCGUGGACCCCAGCACAGACGUGACUAUAACUGAUGGCGACGGCACAGCCAUUAUUGCGGAAGCAAACAAGCAACAGUCGCCCAUACAAUCAGCUGUCAAACAGAGCCAGGUGGCACUACAUGCUAACCCAGUCUGAUGCUCAUGCACAAAGAAGUGCAUGAACAAAUGCUCCAAAAAAGAAAAAAAAAUGCAUUGUAACUGUGAAGCAGUGUGUGUUUGAGGUAACACCAAUGUAACAGAUUUGUUUUUAAAACUAUCAAUAAUGUCAGUCUACUAGAGCCGAUGAGAUAACUACUGAAUGUCGUCGUGUUGUAAAUACUGCAGUUAAGUUUUAAAUGUUAAUGUAUGUAUACAUAUAUACAUAUGCAAAUAUUAUUUAUCUUAAAUGCACUCAGAUCAGAAUGUUGUUGCAUUGGGUAAUUGUAGCCUGUAUCAAACUAUAGUACUGAUAAUUUAGCAAAGCUACCUUGUGUUUCUGCAGUAUGGUGUUAAAUUGCGGUUCCUCUAAUGCCUACUUGGAGGGGUUUAUAAGAAGCACAUAAGAGAUGCUAAUCGUAGCCCAAUAUCGCUGCUUUUCAUGUGUCGUCUCCACUUGUUGACAUCGAAGUGUGUUAGACUUUAAUGCGGUGGACAAUCAGUGCAUGUUAUCCAGAUGAAGCAGCCUUUGUUUGUUUAUCUGAACGUUUGCUUUUUUAAGCAUGGGGGAGGGGGGGGGGGGGGGGUCAAACGGUCCAAAGUUCCAUUUUCUGACUUCUGGUUUUGUGCAAAACAAUGUAAACACGCAAACUGAUUUUAGCAGCUCAGUCACACUGUAUUUUAAUCCUCUGUGGAAUCCAAACCCACGCCGUCUCCACAUCCAGCCCCUGUCCGUUUGUCUUCCCCCUGUUUUCACCUGUUUCGACCCCAUCUGGUGCACUCCGCUUCUUAUCGGUCAAACACAAGGGACGUUCCAGAGAGAAUGCUCAGUAACAUUGACUCUUUUGUGCUUUAAAUUCAAUUUCAGAGGUAAUCCCUGGUGAUGGGCGGGGCGCUUUAUGUCCAACAUGAACCCCGUCCCACAUCAUGUCUUCCUUCAUGGACAGUUUUGACUGUGCAGCUGUUAGUCCUCUUUUUAAUUUCUCCACACUGUGGAAACAAAUUUUUGCACUUUUUAUGCCAUGCAGUCAGUAUUUUCUAUACCACCCUUUUGAUCGCUCUUUAUUUGAAUUUAUUUUGUAUUCUGAUUAUAAUCAGGUGUACUUAUGUGCCUUCUUAUGAAUCUUAAAGGACUAGUUCACAGUUUUUCUUUAACAACCUCAGUGAUAUUAAAACAUUUUGAGCAAUCAAGCUUCUGAGUGCUGAACUAAAAAAGUACUGCAAAAAGAAAUGUAUCGGUGUCAAUAAGACAACAGUAGAAGAGCUGUACACCCAGAACUUUUUUUUUUGAAUUUUAAAAUAGUGUCAAGUAGUUCAUGCAUUCAUGUGUUUUAUGAUUACCAUAUUUUCCGGAGUAUAAAUCAUGCUUUUUUUUUUUUUUCUUUUUUUUUUUUCUUUUUUUUUACUGGUUUGGGAGUCCCUGCAACUUAUACUCCUGUGCAACUUAUGUACUGUAAUAUCAUAUUUUUUGUUAAUAACAACACCAGUAAUGACUGUUGAUAUCAGAUUUUACCAGGAAUCAAAGCACUAAACAAAAUAAACUCUAAUAAUAAAAGAAUAAAUGACAAUAAUAGUAAGUACAGUACAAGAGUGCACAAAAUCCCAAAUUGAGCUGAUAAUACAGAAAAAAAAGGUGCAACUUCAGGAAAAUACAGUUCUUACAAAAUAUGUUGCUGGUGAUAUUUUAAAUUAGUUUAGAGCCUAUUUAAUGUGCGCUACAUUCUUUGCUAACAUGUCCACAGAGCUAGCCAUAUUUUGUGAGGUGUUUGUUACGAUGUGUCAACAAUUUUUUUUAAAAAAGUAGUUUGCUAGAGUUUUUUGUUGCUGUUUUGUGUAUACAGUGGCUGUGUAAGUAGAUUAUGUCCUAAAACCAAAUAUUUAAAGAAUGGUUUCUUGUGACCGUAGCGCGCAUACAGCACUCGGCUUGCUAACAGUGUUUUUAAUAUGACUAGGGAUGUUUUUGUUUGUAUUAUGUGUUCUUUCUUUUUUUUUUCUUUCGUUUUUGCCUUUGUUGUAUUUGUUUUGUUUUACAGCAGGCUUUUCUAAUUUUAGUCCUUUUUUUUUUUUUUUUUUGCCAAGUUGGGGAUCUCAGAUUCUCUGAGUUCAGUUUCUUAAAUGAGAAUGCUUUCUGGUUUGUUUUACUACUUGCUUUUCUUUGCCUUUCUAGUACUUAACUGAAUAUCUUUGGGCUUUGAAACAAGACAUUUGAAGGCAUCACCUUGAGUGUUGGACAGUAUCAAUCAACGUUUUUCAUGGUCUUCUGACAUUACAGAUCCUGCAACUAACCGAUUGUUUAAAAAAAAAAACAAAACAAAAAAAAAAAAUAUAUAUAUAUAUAUAUAUAUUAGUUGCAGCCCUAAUUUGAAAUGGACUUACACUUAUUAUUAAAGUGCACAGUGACAAUCGGGCUAAAAAAAAUGCUGUUGAAUAAUCAGAGUGCCUUUCACAGUGCUGCUCUUCAUUUACAGGGGAGUGUCACAUUUCUGCUGACAUGCCUCGUGUUUACUAAAUCCAUUCAUCUGGAGUACAGGUGGUAGAUGAAAGAUCUAUUUUUCAUGUUGUUUAUUGUUUUUAUUUUCUGUAGUCUUGAUUUUUGUAGAAAACAGCUGAUUCUGGCUUCAUUUUUGCUGAUACCUCCCAGAGUUUUGUUUGGGUUCUUCUGAUUGCUGCUGUUGUGUAAUUUCUGAUGUUUGACACUUGAAUGAACGUGGCUCUGUGUCUGUGCAGUGCUACGAGUUUCAUCUGCUGUGAGCACCAGGUGUGUUUUAGUUAGCGGGAACUCCCUGAUUUUCUCACACGGGUCACAUUCCCCUUCUCAUUAACUGAUGUAUUUCCUCCUUUGCCUCGUUGGUACUUUGCAGAAACUGUCCUUUUGCAGUAUUGUUUAAAAAAAUGUCCACAAGUAUUUAUGUCUUAAUGCUAUUAAAUUUGAUGUCAAAGUUAAUUUUUAUUGAAUUUUGUGUGGUAAUUUAUCAGUGCAAUCAUCUUUUUGAUGUUUCUUUCUGCUGGAGUAGCUGUGUUGAUUACUUUCGAACCCUGUGACUGAUGUUCUGAGCUGAAUUGUGUUGUCUGCAGCGUCCCUUCGUGAUGCAUAGAGAGGACGAUAGAUCAAUAAUGAAAUGUCAUUCUAUCAUAUGCAAAAUCAUCAGGCAGCAGUGGUUAACACUAAAUGUGUGAUUGGCACCUUCCUGUCAACUUCUUCCCAUAAAUUGCUGCAGUUCUGGUUUGUUCAGUUUGGCAGGAAGUUCUGGCUGCUCUUGUGCACAAGACCCACAGGUCUACACUAGAAGACUGUUCAAUUCUAAGCACACCAAAAGGAAUGUAGUCAGCUUUCUGCCUUUAUUUAUACUGAUAUUUGGUUUUUUUAUUAUUAUUUUUUAGUUGAGUUUAAAAUUAGAGAAUAGUGGUGUUAUACCCUAAUAACUUGGUUAUAAUUGGGAUUUUUGUACACUUUCCAGUGAACCCUAUGUUCCUUCCACAGACAAAUCCACUUGCAGCUGUAGGAAAAUGUAUGGAAGGAACAGAGUGUAAAUGCACAGAUGUAUUUUUUUUUCCAGGUCUGUCAUUUUUCUACCUAAUAGAAAAAAACACCCAUUAAACCCAAAAUCUACAAUUGGCAAAGUCGAUAAUAAGAAAAAAAGCCUAAUAUUUUGUAUAAUUGGCAUUAGUUAAUGCAGUAAUGAGCAGAUUGUCUUGUCGAAGGACACACGGGUACAACGAUCGGGAUUCGAACACAGGUCUAAACAUGGGCGGACUUGUUCUUUAUCCACUGAGCUACCUGCUCUGCAACAAUUAUGUUUAGUAGUCUUUUAUUGACUGUGUUCAUGUUAGUUA